UUUCUUUCUCAAGAUGAUUUUAGUAUAAAUCUGAGUCCUCUUUGUCUUUAUCUAAUCAUCCAGUAACUGCUGGCAUUUUUAUAGCUUACAGACACAUGACAGCCAUCAACACCCUCAGCAACUUCAGCACCAUUUCUGGCUUCAUCCUCCUGGGCUUCCCUGGUCCCAGGCAGGGCCAGAUCCUCCUCUUCGUGCUCUUCUCUGUCAUCUACAUCCUCACACUCAUGGGCAAUGGUUCCAUCAUCUGUGCUGUGCACUGGGAUCAGAGACUCCAUACCCCCAUGUACAUCCUGCUGGCCAACUUCUCCUUCCUGGAGAUCUGGUAUGUUACCUCCACAGUCCCCAACAUGUUGGCCAAUUUCCUCUCUGACACCAAGGUCAUCUCCUUCUCUGGAUGCUUUCUCCAGUUUUAUUUCUUCUUUUCUUUGGGAUCUACAGAAUGUUUUUUUCUAGCAGUAAUGGCUUUUGAUCGGUAUCUGGCCAUCUGCAGGCCUCUACACUAUCCUACCAUUAUGACUAGACGUUUUUGCAACAACCUUGUGGUCAGCUGCUGGGUACUUGGUUUCCUCUGGUUCCUGGUUCCUAUCACUAUCAUCUCCCAGAUGACCUUCUGUGGAUCUGGGAUCAUUGACCACUUCCUAUGUGACCCAGGUCCUCUGCUAGCUCUGACAUGCAAAAAAGCUCCCAUGAUAGAGCUUGUCUUCUCUGCCUUAAGUCCUCUGCCUCUUAUUAUCCCCUUUCUCUUAAUUAUGGGGUCCUAUGCUCUGGUCCUAACAGCGGUAUUGCAGGUCCCUUCACCAUCUGGGAAAAGAAAGGCUUUCUCCACCUGUGGAUCUCACCUGGCUGUGGUCUCAUUGUUCUAUGGCUCAGUAAUGAUCAUGUAUGGGAGCCCAACAGCUGAGCAUGAAGCUGAAAUGCAAAAGAUUGUGACUCUGAUUUAUUCCACUUUGACUCCACUCCUUAACCCUGUAAUAUAUAGUCUUAGGAACAAAGAUAUGAAAAAAGCCCUGCAGAAAUUUCUGGGAACUUAA